AUGCAAGUUAGAACAUUGCCACACGCCGUCCGAGAAAUAUAUCCUGCCAGAUUUUGUCCCCCACAAGAGGGAUGGCUGCCGGAGGAGAUAUUUUACGAUGACCACCGCUUUAUACGGGCGAGCGACCCCCGGGAGAUUCUCAUUUACACUGGAGGCGCUAUCCUUCAUCGCCGCAGAGGUGGCCGUCGUGAAUAUGCAGGAGGCUUCGCAUUUGGGUACCGUGCCACCACCUUUGCCCGAAAUGGUAGCAUGACACAGAAAGGUACCAUAAGCGGACGUUUGGAAAACUUGGGGCCAACGGGGAGAAGACAACCAUUUACACAAGAUCGCGCCGACCUUCGCGCCAUCGUAGCCGCUUUGCAAUUUCUUCCUUGGAAUAUGGAUUGUAAUCGAGGAUGGAGAAGUCUUGUUAUAGCGACGGCAUCCAAAUACGUUGUCAACAAUGCAACUAAGGGAACCAUACCCAGAGCGUGGGAAACUGAAGGCGAAACGCCCCACGGAAUGGAAUUGGUAUGUACUGCAAUAUAUUCCGCCUUGCUAGUUUCUUUUGAAUUACUCGCUCUCUCACUUUUCUAACAUUACACCAGUACGAGUUCACCAACGAGGAUUUAUGGAAGCUCAUGAUCUCCGAAAUCCGCAAACUUCAAGAAGACGGCGUCCAGGUUCGCUUUUGGAGAACGCCCAAGGGAGGUGACUACAAUGGAGGAAUCGAUCGCUGUGUGAGGUACGCUCAACGAGCUGCCCUUGGGAACGAGCAGGAAGAGUAUCAAAUAGUAGAGGCGGCCGAUCCAUGGCUGCCCCCACCAUCACCGUCGCAACCUGAAAGUUUAACACAAAGAUAUGCACCGCUUGGCGCGCCAGACAAUAUUAUCUUGCAUGACAUGCGGCACUUGUAUUAAAAUCAGCGUUGAAUAGAUUACUAGCUAUAAUUAAAGCGAAUGAUCUGUUGAAUUGGA